AGGCCUCCGCUUCGAGUUGGACACUUAUUCUCGCAGGAAGUCACUUUUAAUUCAGUGUCACACCGAACAAUUACUUUGGAUAAUUCGUCUAGAAGUUUCACUUUCACCCUGUCGUUUUGCUUCACCGGCGGGCACACAGCCAGAAUAUGUGCAGCCUGAAGGAGUUGAAGACCACACUGCUGCUCUUUCGUGAUGUAGUGUGGCUCUAGUUGAGUUGUACUUACUCGUGGGCCACCUCGUCCACCUCCACGACCAUGGCCCUCCCCGAGGACCCGAAAGCGAAGCUCCGGGUGAACGCCUUCUCCCGGCUCUGCAGCCGCCACCCACUAUGCGUUAUGAACUGCAAAUAUGUCUGGGUCUGGAAGAGUGCCUGACCUGUAAUGCUGAAUUCCAAUGCUCCCAAAUGCUGUAAUGCGUGUUGCGGAGUAGUGCUGGUUCUGUGUCAUGCAAAAAGAACGCAGCUUCUCAUGCGUAUUACGCACCACAGGAGUGCUCAAAGAUUUCUCAUGCUUGGCUGCCUACUCUAGUCAUGUUGUGACUCUUCAUGUAUUAGCAUCACAACUUUUCAGACCCAGGCAUAUUUGCACUGGAUAUGCGUGCAGGCCGGCGUGUUUCUGAUGGAAGACCCCUACCUCCCGGGGGACACGAAGCGCAAUCCCUACAACUUCUGCAACGGGCCCGAGGCGGUGGAGCAGCUGGGGUUUGUGUUAGACCGGUAUUGGGUCUACACUUCCUCUAUGCAUUGCAAAUGUAUCGUAUUAGCAAAAAUUGCAUCACAAAUUUUUUCAAGAAGAAAAAGGCAAUUUGUAAUGCUGUUUUACCUUAGGAGGAAGAUUCGUCAUGGAUGUUUGCAACAAGUACUACGAGUGCGAUAGUUUUGCAAAGCAUACCUUCCUCAUCCGGGCAGCAGCAGCAAGGAGCUGAUGGCGGCAAGCCCGACGGGUCGCCGGGCGGCGGGGGAAACACUGGAAACACCGGAGGAGCUGGCGGGG